AUGGUCUUCAUCUACGGCAUCAACUUCCAAGAAUCGCGCCUUGUCUCCCGAGCCCUCACCUCCUUCUAUGGCAUCGGCCCUAAUGUCUGCAAAAACCUGAUGGCCAAAUUCUACAUCCACAACACAGCCAAAGUCGGCGAUCUAGGCGACAGACAGAUAAAUAGUCUAGCGGAGGAAUUGAGCACAAUGACACUGGAGAAUGACCUGCGGCGGCAACUGGUAGACAACAUCAAGCGAUUACGAGACAUGAGCAGUUAUCGAGGGCGACGGCAUGCCAUGAGUCUACCAGUACGAGGACAGAACACGCGGACACAGACUAUGACGGCGAGGAAGCUCAACAAGGUCGAGCGGCGUGGUUGA